AUGUCCACAAAAACCACCAUCCUAAUCUACACGGGCUCCCCCCUCGACUACCCCGAAUACCGCCACACAGCCUUACACUUCACCUUCGCGACCGGCACAACCAGCACGAUGCACGUAGUCGGCACGCAAGGUCUCUUCAUCUUCCAAGAAGACGUGGAUCUCGAUCCGCACGAGUUUGGGAGCGAGUUGUCCAAGACGGUACCUGUUGGGGAGAUCGAUGGGGGCGUGAGCGCCGAGACGAUUCGGCGGGCGGUGUCGGCGACGCCGGUGAGGAAUGGCAGGGAGGAUUUGGAUUGGAAUUGUCAGAAUUGGGUGGGGGAUGCGUUGAGGAUGUUGGUUGAGAAGGGGGUUUUGUCGGCGGAGGUGAGGGAGAGGGCGGUGGAUGGGAUGGUGGAGGGAUUAUGGAUUAUUUGGUUUUAUAGAGCUAAAUUUAUUCUCAUGGCGGUAAGUUUAUAUUACUUGUCUAGAUGUGUAUACAUUGUUUGCCUGCCAAGGGAUAUCCCUAAUUGA